AUACGCAAAGAAAAAGGAAAGAAGGGGAAAGAAAAGAAAGGGGAAGAGAGACGAGCAAGAUGAAGAUCAUCGUAAUUUUGGCAACAGCCAUGUGCGUGGGUUCGGUCAUCGCGUAUCCACAAAUUUCCGAUGAGCAGUUUAAAUCCGAGGAUCUCAAUCGAUUGAUGCUGAUCGAAGCAGACAACAAGGACGCCCUAAGGAGCAAACGGACGAUCGGUAUCCUGCGUGAAGUGUUCCCCGAAAUUUCUCAGAUGAUCGAACAAAAGGUGAACUCGAUUGUCGCGGAAUUCAUCCGAAUACUCGGGCCGACCCUUCUCCAAAGCGUUCUCGGGAAUAGGCAGAAGGCAGGAGGGUCGUCGAGCGAGAGUUUGAUGUCGAAGCCGGAAUCGCCGUUCAAAGACGACGACAAUAACUUCGUCUCGACCAGCAAUGACGGUUCGAAAGUGUCGAUAUCGUUGCCCACGUUUCCGCCCGACGAGGACGAGGGGGCGACGAGCGGCAGCACGAGCCAGUCUACCACGAUCAGUAGCGGCCAGGAUGGGGCCAACACGGUCGUGUGACCAACUUGUGGCGGACGACGAUAGAUCGGACGUGAACCCGGAAACGGAGGACAGAGCGAACGAGGUGCAACAGGCGGCCGAGUCGCAGAAGAACGAGGUCAAAGUGCAGUUCGCGGACGAGGAGGGUGGCGCGGAAGCGGUUGCGCCCCUCACGCCCCUCGACGAGGUGGAGAACGAGGACGACGAGAACAGGAACAAGAGGUUCCUUUCGAGCCUGGGCGGGUUGAGCGGUUCCGGAUCGAGCGGGUCGGGAUCCGGCAACUUCCUCUUUGACAUACUCAGGCAAGCGGCCGACGGGGCGGCAAGAGCGGCGGGCACGGUGUACCGCGUGGUGGCAGGUACGCAGAGCCUAGGGCUCGGUUUAAGCGCUUCACGGGACUUGGGCCCGGUUCCCCAAGGUGCCGCCCCUGCUGCCGCUAGUUCCUCGGCCACGGCGGGAUCCUCGACCAGCGCACCGGCCGCGUCAGGAGCCGGCAACCUACCACCGGUACGCCAAUCCUUCCGAGCAGAACCGAACGGACACUGCCGAGACUACACUUCUCUCUUACUCUCUGUUUACUCUACUCUCUUUCUAUUCGUCUAUAUUCUCACUCACACUCGCUCGUCCACUCGGUGAAGGGAUUUCUUACUU